UCGACUUCCUGUCCUGCUCUGAGUCUCGGUGAAGAACAGUGUAAUUUAAUGUAAUGAUAUCAGCGCGAGGAGGAGAUGAUGACUCCUGUUAAAGGAUUAAUUUUAUGUCUGAUGAUUGAUUUUCUCCCGGCUUCGUUUGGAGAUAAACACUCUCUGUUAUAUCUCUACACCAUUCAGUCCAAAAACUCUUAUUAUCAUCUCUACGACUGCACUGCUGUAACUCUGCUGAACGACAGACAGAUAGAUUUCUACAACAGCAGCUCAGAUAAACCCAGAACUGCUAAACAGAACUGGCUGAAGAACAUUUCAGAAUCUGACUGGAAAACCAGCACUGGGAAACUGCAGAACGACAGACAGCUGUUAAAUAAACUCCUCGACAUUCAGAUGGAUGAGUCUGGACACUCUCAAUCAGACGGUCAUGUUCUUCAGUGGAGGCACGGCUGUGAGGGUGAACAGAGUUCUGAUGGAUCUCUGACUGUAUUAAACAGUAUUAAUGAAUUCGGUUAUGAUGGAGAAGAUCUGAUUCAGUUUAACUGCACCUCUAAAACCUGGAUAACCCCGGAGGAGAAGAAGAACAGAGAGAGGGAGGAGAAGUGGAGUAAAAUCAAUCAGUACACAGCUGUUAGGAAAUGUGAUCAGUGUGUGAAGAUGCUGAAGAUGUACUUAAAGUACAAAACUUCUGAACAGUACAGAACUACUGACAUUGCAGGAAGUCAGACUCCACCUGAUGUUCAUAUGUUUGCAAAGAAAUCAGUAAAAGACUCAGGAAACCUGACCCUGACCUGCCUGAUCACGGGAUUCUACCCCAAAGACGUGAAGAUGAGUCUGAGGAAGUUCACCACUUCAUUUCCUGAACAUCUGAUCACAUCUUCUGGAAUCAGACCCAAUGAUGAUGAAACCUACCAGCUGAGGAAGAGUGUGGAGAUACAGGAAGAUGAUCCAUCAGAUUAUGACUGUUACGUGUCUCACAGCUCCCUCACAGAACCAGUGAUUAAACAAUGGGAUGGAAGAUGCACAGACUGCCCGGACGUCUCUCAUGGUUUAUUUAUAAUAGUUGUUCUCUCAGGGUUUGUGGUGGUCCUGUGGUCUAUGAUGGUCUGUCUUCUGAUUGUUAAGACCCGUGAGUAA